UGAUGGAGAAAACUCGCUCACAAACUGAAAGUAUCUCUUUUCUGAAAAGAAGAGAGAAGAAAAGUUUCACCUGCACUCAGUGUGGAAAGAGUUUGAUAUGUGAGACGAGUAUUAAGAGACACAUGAUGAUCCACACUGGAGAGAAACCAUUCACAUGUGAUCAGUGCGGGAAGAGUUUCAGACAAUCAGCACACCUUAAUAGACACAUGAUUAUCCACACUGGAGAGAGACUGCACGAAUGUGAUCAGUGCGGACAGAGUUUUGCAUGCAGACAGAGUCUCAAGGUUCACAUGAAGAUUCACACUGGAGAAAAAACAUUCACUUGUGAUCAGUGUGAGAAGAGUUUUAAAAAAUCAUCACACCUUAAGGGCCACAUGAAUGUCCACACUGGAGAGAAACUGCACAAAUGUGUUCAAUGCGGCAAAACAUUUUCGUGGGCUUCAUCCCUAAAGAAUCACCUGAAAGUUCAUUCAAAUGAGAAACCACAUUCAUGUUCAUUAUGUGGAAAGAGUUUUUCACUGCUGAAAUGGUUAAAAGAGCAUCAGAAGAUACACACUGGUGUGAGAGAUCAUGUGUGCUUUGACUGUGGGAAGAGUUUUAUUAGAUCUCAACAUCUGAAACAGCACCGGAGGAUCCACACUGGAGAGAAACCUUACAAGUGUUCACAAUGCGACAAGAGAUUCAUUCAGUCAUCACAACUGAAAUCACAUGAGAGGAUACACACUGCAGAGAAACCUUACAAGUGUUCACAAUGCGACAAGAGAUUCAUUCAGUCAUCACAACUGAAAUCACAUGAGAGGAUACACACUGCAGAGAAACCUUACAAGUGUUCACACUGUGACAAGAGAUUCAGUCAGUCAUCACAACUGAAAUCACAUGAGAGGAUCCACACUGGAGAGAAACCGUGUCAAUCACAAUACGCAGAUCAUCUUCAGAUGAUCCACACCAAACGUGACACAAUAAUGCAUUGAGCAAUAAAAUCUCUUCUGUAUAAAUCAGUCCUAAUCAGCCGUAACAAACAGCAGGAAAAAGAAGCAUCAUCUUUGGUUUUCACUGUGAAAGACUUCAUCUUAAAGACCAGCAACAACUCAGCUCAAAGAUGUUGAUGCUUUUUACUGUUAAAUUUUCUAGAAGUUUUUUU